UUUGAAGGCAAGGCUACAUGGUUUAUUCCCCAUAAGCACCACGGUGAAAUUGGUGCUUGUGGUGAAUAUGAAGCUGAUGAUGACUGGAUUGUUGCCAUGAAUGCUGACCAAUAUGGUGAUAUGGACGAAGUCAGUGAUGAUGUCUGUUUCAGAAAGGUUCGUAUCUAUCACGAUGGUAAAUCCGUUGAUGCUACCGUGACCGAUGCUUGUCCUUCUUGUGAUUAUGGUGAUCUUGAUCUCACACAAGUCGUCUUCCAAGAACUUGGCAAGUUGAAGACGGGUGUUCUUGACAUCACCUGGGAGUUC